AUGGCAGGCUCAAGUAUUUCCAUGGGCUUUCCGGUCAACUGGCUCAGCAGCAAGGACCGCAACCGCAAAAACUGCUGGUGCCGCCGCAACAAGGUCCACAUCCUCCGCAAGGACCGCAGCAGGGGCCACACCCGCUACAACAAGGACCACAUCCACCGCAACAGGGGCCACACCCACCGCAACAAGGGCCCUGAAAAAAGAAUUAUUAAAAGUUUGGUUGUCUUAAGUUAUUUAUUUGUUCGGUUUAAAAAAUUUACAGACCAAUCAUGUGUUGUGGACCCCUUGGAUUCUGUGGACCCUGUAGCCCGUGCGGCGGUCCUUGCGGACCCUGUGGACCCUGCGGACCGUGCGGGUCGUGCUGCGGACCAUGUGGAUCAUGCUGUGGACCCUGUGGACCUUGUUGCGGACCAUGCGGUCCCUGCUGCGGAGGCUGUGGACCGUGCGGUCCUUGUAGACCUUGCUGCGGUCCCUAUUGUGGAUGCUGAACAACCAUAAUCCAGCGAAACAUAUAGUCCUGAUGAACCACGAAGAGUAAUUUAAGACCAUACGCUGAGCAAACUCCUCUCUAAGCGUGAACCAAGUCAAUAAAAAAAUUGAGUGAAUUGAAAAUCAAA